AUGAACAUGAGGCACAUGACAGAGAAAACGCAAUUGGCACAUCUACAGUGUUGCAAGAUACCAAAGAGCAUUGGCAGUUGCAGUCUCAGCGAUAUGGGCCUCUCUGAACCUGUUUCAAUCCUGCGUCGAGGCAAAAGGAAGACGAGACUGCUGGCAUCUAUGGGACUGCAGUUGAGAGACAUCCAGGUGUUGUUUCUGGUACUGAUGGUUGUGGCUGCACCGUUUCUUCGCUGUGCUGCUGCGGCUGGUGGCAUGGUCCCCCGAACGAAAAUGUCCACGCUUGCAGCCGACGACGAUUCCUUGGUGACACUCACGAACUGCUUUCCCAGCGUAAUACUCAGUCCUUCCGGCAUCCCAUACACCUGCGAAGUUGACGAUGCCCAAACACUGAUUGACUUGAACCUCUACGCCUCGUACUACCUUUCAGGAGUCCUCAGCUCCUUCUGGCCGGCGACUCUUGAUGCGGAAACCAAAACCAUUACAUUCGUGCCUAAUGGUGGUGGUCCAUCCUCAGGGCAUUGGGAAUUGGUCAUUACAUCGUUUUCUGAAGUUGAAGCAACAAAUGUUCCUCUGACGACCAAUAAGAGCAUGAACUUCAUGGACAUCCGUGCGACCCGUUCGAAUUUCGAUGCACUCUAUCCGUAUUACGGUAUGGGGGUGUCGUGGGCACCCAAUCUCCCAACCGGCACCACGGCUUCCGACUCCAUGCUGGUCCGCUCUUUCGAUGCAUGCCGGUACACCACUACAACCUGCACUGACACUGUUGGGUGCUACAGAAUGCUGCCACCCGCUCAUCUUCCCCCUCCAGGCGAAUACUGGCUCUGCCUGACGUCGAAUGACUGGCAUUCCCAAUACCUUCCGUGGGGUGAAAAAUCUCUUGAGGUGAAGGUGCUGUUGGCCUCGCCGCUGUACUUGACAGCUGGCAAAGACAGAAAUGUCGUGCUGCAGGAUGCGGAAUCUGUGGUAAAUGUGUCGGGGCGUGUGUUCCUGGUGCUGUGUCCUGGCAACGGCUGCCCCCGUCUGACUACUGGCAGUGGGGAAGAUGUGGUGCACCGUGAUGUGUGUGCUAACACCACCGUUUCGUCGCGUGUGUAUCUGUCCGACCUCAGUGUGCUGUCUGCAGAAGCUGGCGUGUACGCUGUGUGUGUCGAUGAUGGUGGUGAUGGAGAGUACACUGCUCCCGCUGCGCUGCCGGUGAAAGUGCUGGAGAAACCCUUUGCCUUCAAGAUAACUGCUGACACGGACCAGAACACUGCUACGAUUGGUGUUAGUGGCGGUGACCUCGAGUGGCGCAGAGAGCCGUACACGGUGUGCGCUGUGCCGCUGAGUGACACGUGUGAUUCCGUCUCGGCGGGGCCUCGUGUGUGCGAGAAGAGUUUGUUGCCGUGGUCACCGUCCGUGUAUCUGGAUCUCGCUAACAGCGGAUUGCUUGUUAAGGAUGUGAGGUUCUGCUUCAUCGCAGCCAACAUGACGAUCGGAGGACGCACCUACACGCAGAUGUUCGAUUUGUCGGAAGGGAAGGGAGAGAAAAAAUUGUCUGCUGGAGUUAUCGCCGGGAUUGUCAUUGCUGGCAUCGUUUUAUUAAUUGUUCUGGUUGCCGUGUUCUACUUCUGCUACUGGCGACAAAGGAAGAACAGAAGGGAGUCGCUGGACUCUGGCACAAAACCCUCGUCGACGGUGCCACAUUCUGUAGAGAGCCAAUCAAAUCCCCUGACAACUGUUUCGACCGACACUUCUCCACCCACGACUGAUCCUCCACAAGAAGAUGACGCUGCCCAGGUGCCUGUUGUUGAACAAUCAGCCAACACAGUGGAGCGGCACAUCGACCCCACAAAUAUGCAAGAGAUGAUGGACGGGAAUUCAGUUUCCUCGGCAGACACACACAAACAAGAUGCGACAAACACAAGAAAAAAUACUACAGCUGCUAUUAAAAACGUACUUUACCAAAAUACCGAGAAGACGCCGACAGUUCGUACUAAUUAUAGUGAUGAAUGUUAUGAUUUUCCGGAGAGAGCUUCGAGGGCUUAUGUCGAACAUCUUUUGGACAGGAUGGAGAAUGGUGAAAAAGAUAACGGCUUUUCCCCCCCAAACUAUUUUUCAUUCUGA